AUGGCGAGGCACUUGAAAGACUUGACUUCUGUUUUUGCGCGCUGGUCUUCUCGCGUGUUCUCCGUGGAGUUGGACGGCGCGCCUCUGUAUUUUGGACUCCAAGAAAUAAAGCGCAAAGGAAAAGCGCCGCAAGUUUUCUCUAAACUCCAGAAUGAAGAAGAAAAGUGCUACUCCCUUCUUGUGUGCAGCAGCGACAGGAUCAAAAGAGAGAAGUUCUACUGGGAACUGAAGGACAAACUCCUGAGGAACUUGCCUCCUGGCUCAGCAACACAUGUGACCAACAUGUCCUCCUUCCUUCCAGAUGUUAAAAAUUCCCUCAUUAAGGGCUAUUUCUUAAAAGGGAAACCCGAGAAUUCCUCUCAUAUAGAGCGAUUUUUAGUUGAUUUAGAGCAGCAAGACCAGGUGUUGGUGUGUUCGUACUCUGGGGAUGAAGAAAAGCAGCAUUGGACUCAGCAUGUGUGGUCAAAUAAAGAAGUAACCCUCAAGUAUCACGUGGUUUCUGCAGAAACACCCACAUGUCAUCCAUCUACUCUCAACAUGAUCAACUCUGAUGUUUUCUACUGCCUCGAUGAAGUCUGCAAAGUUCUGAUAAAGUGUGGUGACAUCAUCCCCGAGGCCUCUUCUGUGCUGAGGAUGCUUCCCAGCAGAGUGAAUGCCAGAGGAAAACCAGACUUCCCUGUUGUUGUCAUAGAGGGUCUGGAUGCUACAGGUAAGACUACUCUUACAGAGUCUCUGAGGGACACUCUUGGAGCCACCCUACUGAGGUCCCCUCCCCAGUGCCUGUCCCCCUGGAGAGCCCGCUUCGAUCAAGAGCCGCCCCUUAUCCGCAGAGCCUUCUAUGCUUUGGGGAAUUACAUCACCGCAGAGCAAAUAUACCAAGAGGGCAUGAAGGCGCCCGUUAUUGUUGACAGAUUUUGGCACAGCACAGCAGCGUAUGCCAUCGCCACUGCAGUGAGCGGUCCGGUCGCUAACCUGCCACAGGAAGGCUCUGAGCUGUAUCUGUGGCCCAGUGACCUGCUGCAGCCUAGCCUGGUGGUCGUCCUCACUCUGGACCCUGAGGAGAGGAAGAGGAGGCUGAGGGACAGGGGGCAAUUAAAGACUGAUGAGGAGGAAGAGUUGGAUCACAACCAUCUUUUCCGACGCAGAGUGGAGGAAGCUUAUCGGAGGAUCAGUGGCCCUGACUGCGUCACCGUGGAUGCGAGUCCCUCUGCAGACCUAGUGCUCCAACAAGUGCUGCUUUUAAUUAGGGGUAAAUGCCACUUGUAAACAGUUCUCCCUCUCUGCCGCUGGCAGCCAAAUAUCAAGUGGGAGCAGUACCUCUUAUCGCCACUAGGAGCCAGUAAGGUGUUGUCAAAGUGAUGGCAGGAGGGCAGGUGGCCAGACUGGAGUGUGGAAAAGAGAUUCUAUUCACAAUGAGUAAAGGUUGAGUGGCCGGGAGCCAGAACUUCAUGCUGCAAACAGAAAUACAUAUUAAUGUGGAAGCACACACACACACACACACACACACACACACACACUCAAGCUGGAGUUUUGUCAAGAAGAAGUGAGCUUCUCAACAGUUUGCCACCUCUUUGUGUAGCUUUCAGACAAAAUGUAGCCACUUUUUAUUUGGACUGACACAAAAGCAAAAGAAUAGGAGCACGUAACUUAGAUUUUAUAUAUGUGUUUAAACAAGACAGUCCUAAUCUCAACACCUGAACAUCUCACACAGUCUGCAUCACGAGCUUAAGUCUUAGCCACAAAGUUAAUCCGGCUCAAAAUGACCUCAUUCCACACUGGUUUGUUGUAACACAAUGCUCUAUUUACUGCAGAGAAGAAAAAUCAGAUAUGUAACAUCUGCUCCAGCAAAGUUCAUGUCAAAUGUACACAGUAAAAUAAUAAUAAUAAUCUUAAUUAUGUAAAUCCUGUAUGAGAAUAAAAUAAACACUACUGAGCAGAUUUUUACAUCAUUUAUAAAUGUUGUCCUUGUUCUAUCAUUAAUUUAAACUGUGUGUAAAUCAUUACAUUAACAGUUUAUUUUUAUUUUUUGAAAAUAAAAAAAAACAUUUUCCUCCUUU